UUAGCGACGCAGCCUUGCUACACGGACAAUUUCAGUUCUUUUUGGGGGGGGAGACAUUUUUUACCCCCUUCCUCCUCCUCUUCCUCAUCCGACUUGAGACCACCUUUGCAAAAAAAUAAGAAACCCUCACAUCUUUUUCAAGGUUUCUCCUGGUUGUUUGGGCCCCGUUUAAGGCUGGUGGCAGUCCUGCGAGCCCCUUUGAGUAUGAGUAUACAAUGAAGAGGCGUGUGGAGGACCAGGAACCAAUAUUUGCAUCCCAGCAACAGCAAUCACGUCGCCCCCCAGUUCAGGGUAUUGCAGAGAGCUUCCAGCACCGGGCCCUUGCCCCGGCCCCUACUGUGAUAGAGGCAGCCGCAGACAACAUGCAGCCCUCCACUGGCAUCCAGUAUUCUCUCCCCCAGGGCUACCAGGUGCCUACAAUGCCUCAGAGCACAGGUGGUCAUGGACAUAACAGCACUGCACCUCAUGUUGGGCCCCAUGCACACAGCAUAGCAGUUCAGUCCCAGGGCCCUGCAGUGGUCCAGGGACACGUUCAUGCACCGGCACCCUUGACUUCAGCCCAAGGACAACAGCAGUUUCAGCGACUGAAGGUUGAAGAUGCCUUGUCCUAUCUGGAUCAAGUGAAACUGCAGUUUGGGAAUCAGCCACAAGUUUAUAAUGAUUUCCUUGAUAUUAUGAAGGAGUUCAAGUCACAGAGCAUAGACACUCCUGGAGUUAUCAGCCGUGUGUCCCAACUCUUCAAGGGCCAUCCAGACCUCAUCAUGGGUUUCAACACUUUCUUGCCACCCGGAUAUAAGAUUGAGGUUCAAACUAACGAUCUAGUCAAUGUGACCACGCCAGGCCAGAUUCACUACAUUACCCCUCAUGGUAUCUCUGUUCAAAACAUCCCUGUAAGUGGAGCGCCCAGCCAACCUGCGAGCCAACACCAGCACCAGAGUCUGCCACAGGCUGGCCCACACACCACCACGGCCACUACCACCCCACCCAUCCCCGCCCAGCCUGCAGCAAACAAAACCAACAAGCCAAUGCAGUCUCCAGCCCACACCCCCACCAGCCAGCCCAACCCAUCUAUCCCAUCCUACGCCUCACCACGCUCGCCUUCGGUCCAGUCCCACACCCCUGUGAGCAGCACACCGUCUGGUGGGCCACCUCUCCAGAACAACCAGCCUGUGGAGUUUAACCAUGCUAUAAACUACGUCAACAAGAUCAAGAACCGCUUCCAGGACCAGCCAGACAUCUACAAAGCCUUCCUGGAAAUCCUGCACACAUACCAGAAGGAACAACGAAAUGCUAAAGAGGCAGGAGGCAACUACACCCCAGCACUGACUGAGCAGGAGGUCUACACUCAGGUGGCAAGGCUCUUCAAGAACCAGGAGGACCUGCUCUCAGAGUUUGGACAGUUCCUCCCUGAUGCAAACAGCUCAGUAUUCUCUUCCCAGCUGCUGGGCAAGACUGCCCCGGACAGGGCAGAGUCGGUGCGUAAUGAUCAUGGCGGCACAGUAAAGAGACCCCUACUAAACAACAAACAGAGACUGAGCCAGAACGGCCUGCCGAUCAGGAGACCUGUGGGAGUGGGAGUGGGAGUCACGCCCCCAGUCAAGAAGAAACCCAAAAUAGUGAUGAAGGACCACGGCAUGACUGAAGUCGGCAAACACAGCACCAGCACUGAAACUAUGUUCUUUGAGAAGGUGAAGAAGGCUCUUAGGAGCUCUGAGGCAUAUGACAACUUCCUGCGGUGUCUACACAUCUUCAACCAGGAGGUGAUUUCGCGUGCCGAGCUGGUCCAGUUAGUCAUCCCAUUUCUUGGAAAAUUCCCAGAGCUUUUCACAUGGUUUAAAAACUUCCUGGGCUACCGAGAAUCCAGCCACGGGGAAUCAAGCCAAGCGGAGAGUUUACCCAAGGAGCGUGCAACAGAGGGCAUCGCCAUGGAGAUUGACUAUGCUUCCUGCAAGAGGCUGGGGUCCAGCUACAGAGCACUGCCAAAAAGCUACCAGCAGCCUAAGUGCACAGGGAGGACGCCACUCUGCAGAGAGGUUUUGAAUGACACAUGGGUCUCAUUUCCAUCAUGGUCUGAGGAUUCUACAGUUGUAAGCUCCAAGAAAACUCAGUAUGAGGAGCACAUUUACAGAUGUGAGGAUGAGCGCUUUGAGCUGGAUGUUGUGUUGGAGACCAACCUUGCCACGAUACGAGCCCUCGAGACAGUGCAGCGGCGGCUUUCUCGCAUGUCUGCUGAGGAGCAGCUGCGCUUCAAGCUGGACAACACAUUGGGCGGCUCCUCAGAGGUAAUUCACCGCAAAGCUAUCCAGAGGAUAUAUGGAGACAAAGCCCACGACAUCAUCGACGGGCUAAAGAAGAACCCAGCUGUGUCCGUCCCCAUAGUGCUGAAGAGGUUAAAAAUAAAGGAGGAAGAGUGGAGAGAAGCCCAGAGAGGCUUCAACAAAAUCUGGCGGGAUCAGAAUGAGAAGUAUUACCUGAAGUCACUCGACCAUCAAGGCAUCAACUUCAAGCAGAAUGAUACCAAAGUGUUUCGCUCAAAGACCCUGCUCAACGAAAUUGAGAUGCUGUAUGAUGAGCGCCAGGAGAGAGCAUCAGAGGAAACUGCCACACCGCCUCCCAGCGGCCCACACAUGAACCUGACCUAUGAUGACAGCCAGAUCCUGGAGGAUGCCGCCGCCCUCAUCAUCCACCAUGUCAAAAGACAAGUUGGCAUCCAGAAAGAAGACAAGUACAAGAUCAAACAGAUCAUCCACCACUUCAUCCCUGACCUGCUUUUUGCUCAGCGAGGUGAGCUCUCUGAUGUGGAGGAAGAGGAAGAAGAGGAGGAAGAGGACAUGGAGGUAGAUCAAGAUGGUCCCAAGAAGCACAAUGGCCUGCCAGGCAACAGCCCAUCAAAGUCCAAGCUCCUCUUCAGCAACACGGCAGCUCAGAAGCUGCGGGGCACAGAUGAUGCUUACAAUCUGUACUUCGUGAACAACUACUGGUAUAUCUUCCUCCGUCUUCAUCACAUCCUCUGCUCUCGUUUGCUGCGAAUCUACGGGCAGGCGGAGAAGCAGAUCGAGGAGGAUGCCCGCGAGAAAGAGUGGGAAAGAGAAGUUUUGGGGGUCAAAAGAGACAAGAAUGAAAAUCCAGCAAUUCAACUUAAGAUGAAGGAGCCCAUGGACGUUGACGUAGAGGACUAUUACUCUGUCUUUUUGGAAAUGGUGCGUAACCUUUUGGAUGGAAACAUGGAGCCGGCUCAGUACGAGGACUCUUUGAGGGAAAUGUUUACUAUCCAUGCCUACAUUGCCUUCACCAUGGACAAACUCAUCCAGAGCAUUGUCCGGCAGCUCCAGCACCUUGUCACUGAUGAUGUUUGUUCACGUGUGACGGACUUGUACCUGAGCGAAAGUGCCAAUAAAGCCACAGGAGGCACGAUGUCCACGCAGGCAUCCAGAUCCACAGCAGAGAGCACCUACCAGCGCAAAGCAGAGCAGCUCAUGUCUGAUGAGAACUGCUUCAAGUUGAUGUUUUUGAAGAACCGAGGUUCUGUCAGUCUGGCCAUGGAGCUGCUGGACACAGAAGAGGACAACUCUGAUGAGCCAGCCGAGGCAGAGAGGUGGUCAGACUACGUGGGCAGAUACCUGAACUCAGAUUCAGCCUCUCCAGAGCUGCGUGAGCAUUUGGCCCAGAAGCCGGUGUUCCUCCCCAGGAAUUUGAGGAGGAUAAGGAAGUGCCAGAGAGGAUGGGAGCAACUGCAGCAGGAGAGAAUGUCCAAGGGCUCCUCCGACAAGUCGCAGGACGGCAAGAGUGAACUAAAGAUGGAGUGCAUGUUCAAGCUCAACUCCUACAAGAUGGUGUACGUCUGCAAAUCAGAGGACUACAUGUACAGGCACACAGCGCUCACACGGGCUCAUCAGUCUCAGCAGCGGGUCAACACACGCCUGCACAGACGCUUCCAGACGUGGCUGGACUCUUGGGCCAAGGAGCACGUGACGAGCGACAUGGCUGCCGACAACCGCAAGUGGCUGAUGGGAGACGGACAAGAAGGCCUGGUGUCUUGUACCACCACUUGCAACCCCGAGAUCCUCCAUUAUCUCAACGUUAACAAGUACCGGGUGAAGUACAGAACACUGUAGUCUCUCUGAAAGAUAAACUGUGGCUGUGAUCGUCAUCGCACAACAGACUGCCGGUAAUGACUUUUAAAUAUAAAAGCAGCUUCAUGUGGAUUUUUCACACCUGCCGUUACUGGAUUUAGUUGCCAAAUGUUGUGUGGUUAUCAGUCCAGGGUUCAUGUCAGAUUUAAAGUUUUUGUUUCCCUGUUCUGCAAACGCGGGCGAAACCGUUUCAGGAACUUUGCGCUAACUUUUAAGCUUACUCUGCAAUGUUUGUCAAAUAAUAGUUUUGCAGGUAUUGCUGUCAGUAGAUUGUAAAAAAAAAAAACCCACCUGGUUUAGUAACUCCAAAAGAAAUUGUUUAAAGCAGAUUUUUAUAUUAUUAAUUGAUUAUACAAAAUAAAAGCACUCCCUGCUGUAUUUCCUCUCUGGAAUAAUUCACAGUUUGAACAAAACAUCUGGUUAAACAUUUCAUAAAACAAUUAUUUGGCUGUUUUUCAGAGGACCACUUCAUCACACCACAGGAAAUAAAAACAAACAACCUCAGUUUUUUUUAGGUAGCAAGAACUUGUACCUGUUACCUCUGUGAAAAUGUGCAUACUCUGACUUGGAGCUUAAUCUGGCUUCCAGCUGUAAAAUUGUAUAGCCUGUGAAUUUCUUUUUUCUUUUUUCGAAGGUAAAGGUGCAAUACUGCACUCUAUAGUCGACAUCUCUGGCAACUGCUGGGAAGAUGCUUGACAUCAGUACAAUGUCAGCAGAGUGUAUCAAGUACAAUAAGUUAUGACUGCCCAAACUCUUUGUGUAAAUAUGUUGUUUAUAUCUAGAUUUUUUUUUUAAAUCAGAUGUCAUCGAUGUGUAGCAUACAUUAACACACAUAGUAUUGAUAUUUAGCUAGAGGUUGCAGAGACAUUUAUUAAGAAAAUGCAAAAAUUUUAACUGUUUAUUACCAAAGGGUGUUAAAUAGAGACCUUUUUCGUUUGUGGUCUGUUGAACAUGUUUUCCCCUCAAGUCUUCAUUUAGUAGAAAAAAAUCACCCGUUUGUACGUUUUUUCGAGACAGAGCCGUCUACUCUCCCUGCGCUUUUCAACCUUCAGUCUUCAGCAUCAGUAUCUCUCGUGGUGUUAACAUGAUUGAAUGUAGCCCAGCAGCAAUUAUUGCUUUUGAAAGCAACAUUAAAUGUCCGUUUUUCUUUUGAAGUACUGACUCUACAGUACUCAACUUUUUUUCUUGUAUGUAAAACUUAACCAAAUGGUUAGGAUCUGUUCGACAGAUGUGGUGGUCUCACAGCGCAUCACCUAUAAAAACUGUACAUUAAUUUGUGUUUAUUUUUUAUGCACAGUGUUGAUGACAAACACUGACAGAUGUAUAGUGGGGUCUAUACGUGAAUGUCAGACUUGUGUGAGUUGUGUACAGUUUUAGGAUCAAGACAACAAGUGAGCAAUAAUUCCUUCGAUUGCAGUUAAUCAAAGCUAUCUGUUUGUAUUUCUCGCUGAAAUACAAAUGUGAAUGUUAAAUUCCCUUAAAAGAGGGAUGUAAACUAAGGAUUUUUUUUUAUUGCCUUUCCCCUCUGCAGUUUGUUUAUUUAAAAAGUGGAAUUAGCGCUGUAGAUAUUGUGGGUAAAUGUUGAAUAUCUAUAUCACACUAAAGCUUGUCAAGUGUGUGUGAAACAAGGGGGAAUCGACAUAAGACACAUUUAACUUUUUAGGAAAGCAAUUACACCACCUAUACAUUCACAUGAAUGGAUCAUAAUGCGAGCAAACACACCAAAAGGUUUUGAUAUGUGGGCGUGCACAUCGGCAACAAAACAUUUUUAUCGGUCAACAUUUUCCAGGGACAUUUAAAGGCGACAGUCAAGUUACAUAACCAGCUACAGACAAUCUUGGAACAGUUUAUUACUUGGGUUUUUAUUUUUAUAUUCACUAUGUUUAAUAUGGAAUACCACAGGAAGUCCCGGGGAGCUGAUUGUACAUAAAAGACAUCGUUUGUACCUUGUUUUAAAUGUGUCUCUUCUCUUGACUUUUAUGAUGUUGUACAUGAGUGUUAGUAUGGUGUUUGGCAUUAAACUAUCCUUUGAAUAGACAGAAACCUUUUUUCCUUUUUUCAUUUCUGCCUUUGUGUUUGUAUGAUUUAUGGCCACUUUAAAACAAAAUAGCCAUUAAUGCUCAACCAUCUACACACUGAA